AUGAUCAUGGAUCUAGUCAGAUCUAUGUCGGCUAGAAAGCAAAAGAAGAAGCGAGCCGUCAGGCAAAACUCGAAUGUGUUUGCCAUGUUUGAUCAAAAGCAAAUCGGUGAAUUCAAGGAAGCAUUCUCAAUGAUUGACCACGACAAUGAUGGAUUCAUCGACAAGGAGGAUUUGAAUGACAUGCUAUCAUCCCUUGGUCAAAAGCCAACUGACGAGUACCUUGACGAAAUGGUCUCGGAAGCUCCUGGAUCAAUCAACUUUACCAUGUUCUUGACUUUGAUGGGUGAAAAGCUGUCGGGAACCGACUCGGAACAUGAAAUCUUGCAAGCUUUUGAAUGCUUUGAUGAACGAAAGACUGGCUUUAUCAAUGCUGAACUCUUCCGUGAAUACAUGACCAGUAUGGGUGAUCGCUUUACUGAUGAAGAGGUUGAUAUCAUGUUCAAGGGUGCUCCAGUUGAUCCCGCCACUGGUAACUUCAACUACCGCACGUGGACUCGUGUAUUGAAGCACGUUCCCAAGCAGUUCUCUCUCAGAGCCGUAGAUGGGCACAUGGAAACUAAUGGUGACUUGAGCGAAAAUGGUGUGGUCGCUCUUCCGGAUAGCGGGCUUCCACAGAAAAUGGACGUUGUCGAGCCUGGUUCACAGGAACCAUUAUCGAUGCCGGAAAGAGUCAUUGAACAGCGGCUAUUGCCGAUUUAUGCGUCAUUGUGUAUCUCCUCAUUUAUUGGAGUUUUGAUACGUAUUGCACUGCUCGAUCUGCAUGCAUAUACUGGAGCACCUGUUGUGUCCAUUGUAUAUCCUCAGAUCGUAGGCUGCAUCAUCAUUGGAUGGACGAACGCAAACAAGAAUGUCUUGAUUGACCAGUUGAGUGGCUCCAUCACGACUUUCUCUUCCUGGAGCUUAUCUACGUUUUCAGCCUUUGCUGAUCUCGGGCUGACUGCCCGUAGUGGUGGUUAUGAUUUCUUGGCUGGAGUAGGAGUUGCCAUCAUCAUUAUUGGAAUGUCCUUAAUAUCUGUGCCAUUUGGAGAGCACAUUGCGAAAGUGGUGGACUUGCAAGCCCUCCUGACUCAGGAUUGGCAGUCGCCUACUUUUCGCUUUCACCCUGUUGGAUUUCGAACUCGAGGGCUGAGUGUUCUAGAUAGGACGAUGAUGGGAUUAGCAUUGCUGCUAUGGGUCAUGCUUGUUUUGAUUGGGAUAUUCGUUGAGAGUGGACGGUCGGUUGUCUUUGCGUGUAUUCUGGCACCUCUGGGGACACUGUUGAGAUAUCGACUAGCGGUACUCAAUGUUGAAUAUCCUCGCUUUCCAGCAGGAACGUUUACAGUCAAUAUGAUUGGAACCUUCUUAUUGGGACUCUUUUACAUAUUCUCGCAUGGAAUGAGUGGCAUCUCUUCUAUCAGCUCGUCUGUAUGCUCGUUACUGGCUGGACUGUCGGAUGGGUUUUGUGGUUGCCUAACCACUAUAAGUACAUUUGCAGUUGAAUUGAGGACUAUGAAAUUAAGAGAUGCAUAUAUUUAUGGUAUCACUUCCAUAAUCGGGGGACAAAUCAUCAACCUCAUUGUCGUCGGAUCUGCGACUUUUACACACGGACAACCAACUGCAUGUUUGGCAUAA